CAGAGUUCCCUCGUCGUUAUACAUGCCAGUGAUAGUGCCACACACUGUCAGGAUGUUUCCUGUGACGCGUAACACUGUACAAGACGACCUCGUGUUAGGGAGACGCUGCGUUUUGUUCUAGGAGUGGCUGAUUUUUCUCUAAUCGCAAGGGGAGAGAAAAGAGUUAUGCUUCAUCUUCGUCUAUUCAGCUGGUGGCUUUGAAUUAAUUGAAAAGACAACGUGCAAGAAAGAAAGAAACCUAAAAGAGAACACCAACAAGCGUCGAAAACAAAGCACCGAGCAGUAGCAGUACAGAAGCAGCAGCAGGAGGAGGAGAGGAAGGGAGAGGAAAGCUGCGAUAACCACGCCCUCGCCACGGCUUGGAAAAGAUGCCCUAUCAGGGAGACUCACAUCCGGCCCAUGCCAGAUUUACCACUGACUGCUCCUACCUUUUUAAGCUGCCCGGAGCCUUCAUUCUCGUACAGAAUAUCUGCUGCACCUUUGCAUUCCUACUGGCGAUAUCUGGGGCGAUGAAAUGGCGAGUCGGGAGAGGCCAUGGGUUCUUUGUCUUCGUGGCCUUCCUGAGCAUGCUGAGUUGUGACGUCUGGCUGGCAGUUCGCGUCCUGCGUCUUGACUCAAUGUUCAAGAAGAAACUCAACUGGAACAUUGCAGGACUGGUACACAACGGCAUCAACGCACUCUUCAUGAUGGUGGCCAGCUGCGUCUUACUGGAGGCGGCUUCGGAGGCCAGACCGCUGAGGGCAGCUGGGGUGUUUGGGUUUCUGGGGUUCUCGGCAUUCCUGGCUGGCCUGAUAUGGGAGGCGAUCAUCUGGCGCACCAAAAGAGAUUCGGAGACAGAAUUUCAAACCGCUACUGUCAUUCGGGGGGUUGAGAGAGAGCCUUCCCAGGAUAGCGAAGGGAGUAUCGGGGUGGCAGCGACGGAAGAUGAGGAAAGCGUCAGUUUCGUAGGGAUAAAGCCUCGGCCUGUGUCUUCUUUCCUGGAGCAGCAAUCAGGGAACACCACACAAGUAUCGACACCCAUGUUGAUGGUGCCUCAGGACGACAAAGAGAACAGCAACUCGCACCGUAGUUCCUCUAGCGCCUCCUCCACACAGGGCGAGUGGCAGAUGGCUUCAGCUGUUUCCACGUAACACUCCUAGGCUCAAGAAAUGUACAAGCAAUGAAGGUUGACGCUCGUAUUCCGAAACAACAUUCUCUCUCACCACGUCAAUUUUCCAAGGCUACUAAAACAACUAGCCGGAUUUUCAAGACAGUUUCUCCUUAAAAUAAACUAGAACUCUUGCCAAUCCAUCACCAAAAACCAAAAAGAUACCCUACAAACAUGGGUAUCUUAAACUAGAGCCCCUGGAAAGUAGUGAUGGUGAGAGAACAAAGCGUUUCAGAAGACGAGCCUCAGCCUCAGAUUCCUACUGUGUCCUGAAGCAAAAGACAACUAUAUUAAGUAAGUGGUGAUGAAAGAAUACUCAUGUUAUGUCACUGCCACUCACCACACCACGGCCAGUUUGUCUUUCUUGUGGUGUGUAUGUGUGUGUGUGUGUGUGUGUGUGUGUGUGUGUGUGUGUGUGUGUGUGUGUGUGUGUGUGCGUGUGUGUGUGUGUGUAAAUUCUAACGAUCGCCCGUGUCGUAUGAAUUGAGGAUUGGCGCAAAGUGAGAUGAAAUUUAAAUCUUUUGUGGUCUUGUCAUUUAAUCUGCUUGUUCUUUCUUCAUAUGCGUGUAGGAAAUAUGGGCAUUGGAAGAGGAGAGAGAGAAAAAAAAGCCUGCUAGUUCGCUCUCCAUAAAAAAAAAAAAACAGUGAAGAUUUCCAUGAAAUUCAUGUGAAACUUACAGGAAACACUAGCGUAGACAUUAGAGCCACAAACCAACACCCUUAGCAGUAAUUUACAAGUCCCAUAUGUUGUUUGUCUAUGAAUUUUCUCCCAUGCAGACUACAUACCUUUACAAAGAGUGCCUUGAGCUCGUAGUCUGCAGUCAGUUAAUGAAUUCUAGCCAUUCCAGAGGUGCACUCAUAGUCAUAGUUGUCGAGUGACUGGAGAAUAUUCACAGGCUCUCUAGUAACCCUAUCUUUGACGAUUUCUAGGGGGCAAUAUAACUUGAGUGACUGGAGAAUAUUCAUAUGCUCCUUAUCAACCCUAUCUGACGAGUUCGAAGAGGCAACAUAACCUUCUACAGAGCCGUCACUUCCAAAAAUAUGCCACCAUUACGAGAAAGACCAACGUAUCCUCUAUAAGUCGAAAAGGCCGACUUUCUAAGCUUCCGAAAAAUAAAAGAGGAGUUGAAAUACAAUCUCCUGAGGACGUUAAAGGCUACAAAAGCACACUUAAAAAGAUAAAAAGAUGCCAUUUACAGCACUCAUUUUUAUUGUGCUCAGCGUUUUUCCGUCAAUCUUGUGUCUUUACUUUAGAAAAUCCAUCGAUUCUUAUGUUUUAACCACUUCAAUACUGGGACACAUUUUUACCUUGAGAUUUGUGCACGAUUUAGACCACUGUAUAUACAUUAGAAAGGGUCUAUGGAGGUCAAAAGAUUAAUGGCCACAGUCUUCACUAUUCAAAUCCCCUGCAUGAGUUUCUGAAGCAGUAUAAAACGCGACGAAAGAGUAACCAGAAUGAAUAUGGAAACGCGUCUUAGUACCGAAGGGUUAAGAUUAUCAACGCAUCGGGAGACUUUGAGAUGGAGAGAUGUUAAGCAUAAGGAAAGUAAAUGAAGAUUGUUAUUCGACUUCUGACUGUGAAUGUGCUUCGUUAUUACCGGAGAAACACAACGACAGCUCAGGGAUGUCCGGUGCUCCCAACGUAACUCACAGCACCGUUAUAAAGACGUGUAAACCAGUAGUCAUGCCUUGUAGAGAGAGAGAGAGAGAGAGAGAGAGAGAGAGAGAGAGAGAGAGAGAGAGAGAGAGAGAGAGAGAGAGAGAGAGAGUCAACUUCCUCUUCUUUGAUUUACAUUUUUUUUCGCUCUAGACUCGUGAUUAUUUAUGGUCCGGAUUUAGAAAGGCUUUGCUCUCACCACGACUAAUUUCCAAGGCCACAGAGAUGAUUAGCGGGGUUUUCAAGAGUGUUUCUCCAGUUAAUAAUAUAGAAAUCUUGUCACUCUGCCUUUAGAACCGUGAAAGUACAUUAAAAACUCGUAUAAAUUUAGAUGAAGCCUUUUGAAAUAGUGGAGGUGAACACAGAAGUGAUUGAGAAUACGAACCUUUAUUAAACCGCAUUUAUUACGAGAAUAAAAACUGUAUCCCCAGAGAGCACCACUCCCGUUAAAUGCAGGACAGUAUUCUCAAAUGUCGUAUUAUUUUGACUACUCAAGAUGCUUUAAUGGAAGUUUCUUAGACUUUUAACCCUUUCAUUACUCUUCUCUAAUCUCCCUUACUACUCUUCUGACACUUAUUUUUGUAUUGAGCAUGUUAAAUAUUCGUGUGCCAUAGAAGAUACAAAACCAGUUAUUUCACUCUCUGUUUAGUCUCUGGGCAUGCCAACCAUAUUUCUGUAUUGCUCGAAACCCCGUAUUCUCAAACGCUUUGCUGUCUUACCAUCACUAGUUGAAGAUACUUGUGUUAUUGAGAGUAUUUUUAUGGGUCUGGUGAUGGAUUGGCAACUUUUCUAGCUUAUUGAAAGGAGAAACUGUCUUAGAAAACUGUCGUUGUGAGACAGGAAGGCGUUUCUGAAUACGGGUAUAAGUGUUACCACAAUAAGACCGUAGCAGGAAAGUUAUAGCUAAGGAUGUUUACGGGAUUCUAGAGAAAAUGUGACACAGGAUUCUGCGACCUUUGAUCAAAAAAACACUUAUAACCCGACUCAUCGUUCUUGAAAAUCUGGAUCAUUUCUACUGCAGCAGUUAGCCUCUUCAGUACCGGGACACAUUUUCAUCUUGAGAUUUGGUACGAUUAGACCAUUUUAUUGACAAUAGCAAGGGUCUACGGAGGUCAGAAGGUUAAUGGCCACAGUCUUCACUAUUUCAAUCCCCGACAUGAGUUUCUGAAGCUGUAUAAAGUCACCAAAUUGUAACCAGAAUGAAUAUGGAAACGAGUCAUGGUACUGAAAGGGUUAAAUAAUACAGUUUUGGAGGACUGAACUGCAGGCUCUCUGUGUGUGUAUUCUAUAGCCAUCUACUGUUAGGUUAUGUAUAUAGUAUUUUUGUAUUUUUACACUUCCAUAUCGCGAUGUUUAUAUUCAUCCAAUACAUAUAAUCUAAAUAAUGAUCUGCCUUCCUUCCACAUAGUAUGCAUUCUAUUAAUUAAUCCGGCAAGGUUGCUCAUGUAUACUCUGGUGACCUUGCAAUAUAUUAUCAACUUCGCCUUACUUCAAUGGAAACAACAACAACAAAAAAAAAAAACUUAGUGAACAAU